AUGGCUACACCGCCCGAUAGGAAGCCUUUGAUCUUUGAACCACCUGAGUUCCUCGAUGUGCCGCUCGUGCCCAAUGAGAAGGAAGUCUUCAAUGAUAUUGUCGAAAAGGAAUUUAAAGGGGCGAAGGAUACUGUCACAAUGUCCGAUGAGAUGGAUUAUGAACCGAAAGAGCAAGCAAAAAAGUUUGAGGCCAAGCUUCUGGAAGAUUUGUUGCAACCCCUGCCUGUGGACAAUCUUCCGGAAGAAGUGCCCAAACCCAAGAGAACAAAGAGAAAGGCGGAGCGGUCAGAUGUAGUGUCAAGGAAAAAGCUUGCUAGCACAAGAGGGAGAGGCUUGCCACCGGUGGUGCCCAAAUCCAAUACUGCAAAGGAGCAAGAUGAGGGAAAGGUAGAGCCGCUUCCUGGUGCAGCAGCGACCAAAGUGUAUGCGAGGAAGUUUCCAGAAAAAUCAGAUACCAUCCCAAAACAAGCUGAGACUGCAACCCAAACACUUGGUGAUGGGCGCACGGAAGCUAUGCAUAAAGCAGCAGUAGAAAAGCAGCGUGUCGACAACUUGAAGGACAGCAAAGGUUUCAAGGAUGCACUCGAUGCUCCAAGCUUCUCACUGGGAUUUAUAGACGAUGAGGAUUCUCAAGAAAUGGACAAGGGUCAACUUGCAACAGAAGAUGAACUGUACAACAUCAUAUGCAGACACACCAGGAAUGAAGAGGGCACAAUAUUCUUUGAAUCCAAAGAGAUAACACUUACAGCACAUGAGGUAGCAGCGGGCAUGGUUAUGGGGAGAUCGCUAGGCACCAAUGCCAUGCAUCUCGGGACUUACGUGCUGUCACAGGACCCUAGAAAGAAGAGGACAAAGAUAAUGUCCCCAUGGGUGUCGAUCCAAAUGAUGACAGGGCCCAUGAACAGCAACAUUGUCAAGAACGCUUUUGAGUUUCGCGAUUCAAACUAUGAAAUGAUACUCUUUCCCGUGCACCAAGAGAAUAUAGCGCAGCCGGGCGGCGAUGGCCACUGGUUCGCAUUUGCUUUAAAUAUUCCAGAUAAGAAGUUUCAAAUCAUAGACUCUCUAAGGAACAGCGACAAUGCUGAAUUGAGAUGGAAAGCCAUUCUGGUGCGUGCAAAAGUGAUUACCCUAUGGAACAAAUACACAUCUAAGGUUAAGGGGUGCAAGAUUCCUACCAUUUACAACUUCGAGACGCAGUUCAUUGAGGGGUACAAGCAAUUCGGGAUUCAUGACUGUGGUCUGUUCACCCUCAAGGCUAUAGAGCACUGGGAUCGACACAACCUCCCAAAUAUGAUGGAGUUUGAUGAAAUGAAGCUGAGGAAGCGAGUUCUUCAUGUGUGGCUUCAUAGCCCGGCCAACAAGCUAGAGAACAAGACUGAACUAUUCUCAAAGGGAAAGGGAAAGAUGGCAAAUCAGUAG